AUGUCCACCGCGAUACCCUCAAUCGCCUGUCUAGGCGUCAUUGGUAGAAACAACAACCCCCUCCACAUCUCCAUCUUCCCCUCGCUCGAUCCAGCGACAAACACAUUCGCCCCGAUCCGCACGCCUCUCCAAUUUUCGCUCCUUCUCUCUUCCACCAUCGAUGUAUUCGAUCUUCGCGCAAGAAACAAUGCGGUCUCGGGCGUAGGUCUCUCGGGCGACUUUGGUCUGCUACACGCCGUCGACGACCGCCUCGCCGCCUACGGCUUCGAGACCAAUACGGGCGUUCGCAUGGUUUGCGUCGUUGAUAUGCGCGGCCGUCGCGUUGAUGGCAACGCUCCGGCAGCUGCGAGUAGGGGUUCUGCUACAGGCCUGCGCGACGCUGAGCUCAAACCCGUCUUUCGCGCUAUGCAACACGCAUAUGUCAAGUUGCUACAGAACCCAUUUUAUGACCCGGAUGAGCAUGCGCCGUUAGGGGGAAGAGGGGGCAAAAAGAUUACAAGUCGUAAAUUCACUGAAGACAUGAAGAGAAUAGGCGAAGGCUGGACGCCAGGUGUGACGAGCCUCUGA